UGAUUAGUUCUGAGGAUGCAGCAUAUAUCCUGCCGCAGAGCACCGGACUCAGGGAACAGAGGACGCGCCCGGGUCCUCCCGGACGCACUGCUGUCCAGGGCGGGACAAAGGGCACUCGGAAGAGGCGCGCUCCCGCCCAAGCGCGCAAGCGCAGUGAGGCGUCGCCUAGCAACCAGACACAACCGUGGACUGGGAGGUUUGCGCCCGCGGCGACCUUGGCGAUUGCGGGGACCUCCCGACAGGAUGGGUAAAAAGAUAAAGAAGGAAGUAGAACCUCCUCCUAAGGAUGUGUUUGAUCCAUUAACAAUUGAGAGCAAAAAAGCAGCAACUGUGGUGUUAAUGCUCAAUUCUCCUGAAGAAGAAAUUUUGGCUAAAGCGUGUGAGGCCAUUUAUAAAUUUGCUUUAAAAGGUGAAGAAAAUAAAGCAACACUCCUUGAACUUGGAGCAGUGGAACCCUUAACCAAACUCCUCACCCAUGAAGAUAAAAUUGUAAGAAGAAAUGCCACUAUGAUAUUUGGAAUCCUAACUUCUAACAAUGAUGUUAAAAAAUUGCUAAGGGAGUUAGAUGUCAUGAAUUCUGUGAUUGCCCAGCUCACUCCAGAAGAAGAAGUAGUUAUCCACGAGUUUGCUAGUCUCUGCCUAGCGAACAUGUCCAUAGAGUAUACCGGUAAAGCGCAAAUAUUUGAACACGGUGGAUUGGAGCCACUCAUCAGACUACUGAGCAGUCCCGAUCCUGAUGUGAAGAAGAAUUCUAUUGAAUGCAUUUACAACUUGGUACAGGAUUUUCAGUGUCGAACUACGCUUCAAGAACUAAAUGCAAUUCCUCCUAUAUUAGAGCUCUUGAAAUCAGAAUAUCCAGUUAUUCAGCUGUUGGCUCUCAAAACUUUGGGUGUUAUUACAAAUAAUAAGAAGUCCCAGGCAAUGCUAAGAGACAGUCAAGGACUGGACCAGCUUAUUAAGAUCUUGGAGACCAAGGAACUGAAUGACCUUCAUAUAGAAGCACUUUCCGUGGUGGCUAAUUGCCUUGAAGAUCUGGAUAGCAUGGUGCUGAUUCAGCAGACAGGGGGGCUUAAAAAGCUCCUAACAUUUGCGGAAAGCUCUACGAUUCCUGAUAUUCAGAAGAAUGCAGCAAAAGCAAUCGCUAAAGCAGCUUGUGACUCUGAGAACAGAAAACUUUUUCAUGAACAAGAAGUUGAAAAGUGCCUUGUAUCCCUUUUGGGUUCUGAAAGCGAUGGAACUAAAAUCGCUGCUUCUCAAGCUAUUUCGGCAAUGUGUGAGAAUAUGGGCAGCAAAGAUUUUUUCAAUACUCAGGGGAUUCCACAGUUAGUGUACUUGCUCAAAAGUGACAACGAAGAAGUCAGAGAAGCCGCUGGCCUGGCCCUGGCCAACCUGACCACUUGCAAUCCUGUCAAUGCAAAUGCCACUGCUGAAGCCGAAGGCAUCGAACCGUUAAUAAACACCCUGUCCAGUAAACGAGAUGGAGCCGUGGCCAACGCGGCCACCGUACUAACCAACUUGGCGCUGCAAGAGCCCCUGCGCGGGGCCAUGCAGAGCCAUGACCUCAUGCAGGCUCUCAUCGGCCCGCUGGGCUCAACCAACACCCUCGUGCAGAGCAAGGCAGCCCUUGCCGUGGCUGCCACGGCCUGUGACGUGGAGGCUCGCACAGAGCUAAGAAAUCGAGGUGGGCUGGAGCCCCUGGUGGAGCUGCUGCACUCCAAGAAUGAUGAAGUCAGAAGGCACGCCAGCCAGGCCGUGAUGGUCUGUGCCAACGAUGAGCUGACAGCCGCUGAGCUGUCCAGGCUCGGGGCUUUGGAUAUCCUUGAGGAAAUUAAUCUAUCAGUAAGUCGAAAAAAUAAAUUCAGUGAGGCAGCUUAUAACAAAUUGCUCAACAACAACCUUCCCCUGAAAUACAGCCAGACUGGCUAUUUGUCAUCAAGUAACAUAAUUAGUGAUGGAUUCUAUGAUUAUGGUCGGAUAAAUCCUGGCACCAAACUUUUGCCACUGAAAGAGCUCUGCUUGCAAGAACCUGGUGAUCAACGUGCUGUUCUCUUAAUCAACAACAAAGCUGUUGAUGUUUCUCAACCUACGGAAGAUAAAUCAUCAGACAUCAGUUAUGGACGAAGUAUUUCUUCUUCAUCUUCAUUAAGAAGAGCAAGUAAAGAAAAGACCAGUUCUCGUUUUAGUACUGCAUUUGGAUCGCCCACAGAACUGAAAUCAGAACCUACUUCGGGACGAAAUACUGUUCUUAGCAAAAGUGCCACUAAAGAGAAAGGAUCGAGCUCCUUCUUCACUUAAAGAUACAUCCAGAUGUCUCCCAACAUCCAGGAAGCCUGAGGGCAUCGGGGAGAGCACACAGACUUUGCAUUCAGGCCCUCUUUUUCUUAUGUGUGUAAUGGAAAUGGUGGCUCCCAUCUCAUAGAGCUGUGGUGAGAGGGAACGGGAUGAUGUGUGGAAAUAUUCCUAGCCCUGGACCAUGGCCUGCGUGUGUGGGUUGCAGUUUCAUCCUUUUCCCCUUCUCUGCCCUUGGUCUGCUGGAGGACUGAUGCCCCUCAUCCUGUUGUCCUGUUGACCAACCCUUCUUGUCACCCUUUGAGAACUUCAGGCUCCUGAGAAUAGAGUAAAAUAUUUAAUCUGGUAAUGUCAUUGAGAAUGCUUCAUUUUAACUAAAAGAUUGAGAACUACUGACAAAGAAUUUGACAUCUAGAACCUCAAAGUGGCUGAAUGUUUGGAAGGGCCAGAAGAGAUGGGAAAUAAAUCAGAUUAUCUAUGAGGUGGUGUAAGGCAAAUGAGAGAAAGUCAAAGUAUGGGUUUCUCACUUUUUCCUGAUGAAUAUUAUUACCAUCUUGUGCAUCAGGUAAAAUACCUGUCAACUUAGGUGAUGAACUCUCCUUGUUUUAGAGAGAAUGCUCAUUGUUUUAUUAUUUUUGCUUUUGAGGGGUAUCCUGGCCUCGUUGGAAACACGCAGAGGUGAGGUGAUUAUUUCCUGUUACAUGUUUGCCUGCCUGGGACUUCCUCAGACUUCAACAUGUCUAAUAGUCAUCCUAAAGCUUUUCUUUAUGAAGACCAUUCUUCUCAGAAUACACAGUACAUGAGUUUAUAAUGCACACUUAAAGAUUGAUUGUUUUUUUGUCUCUUACUUUAUGUCUUCCUUCCAGUCUGCUAUUCUUUUAAGUCCCUUAGAUAUUUACAACAUAUGCAUUGACAUUUCUGCUACUCACACAUCUUGAUCUCCAUGAUAAUGAGCUCCUAAACAUUUGUAUUUUUAAAUAAUUUUCCUCUUUCUACACAUGCCUUAGCUGUUGUUUUUUCCUUCUCCCAAACAUUGAUUAGCCACAAAAGUCUUCCAGUAACAAGUAUUGUCUCUUAAUAAUAUUUAAAUAUCUGAUUGUCUUUUUUUUUCUGGUACCAGGA